UCUACAUCGGUUCCGACUUCUCCUUUUUCUCCCAUUCUCUCUUAUUCUCUCUUCCUUUUCUUCUUCUUCCUUCUCUACUGUAUUCUUCUUCUUCUUUCUCUGAUUUCACGGCCGCCGUCGAACAUCCAACCAGUCCGGCCACCACUCUUCCCUCCACAUCUCUCUCUCCUCCUAUUCUUCUUUUCUUCUUCUCGUUUUUCUUUUUCUCCUUAUUUUUCCUCCUCUGCCCAUCCUUCCUGCAUUUCCGUCACCGUGAACACCGGCCGCCGCUCCCUCCACCCUUCUUCCUCUCCUCUCUACUAAUCCUCUCGUCUCGAAGUCGAAAAUCUCUAGUCUCUGGCUUUCCGCACUUUCCUAAGACAGUCGAACCCUAAAAUCUCUACCGACUGUCAUUCGGUCGCCGUUCCACCAUCGUUGCCGCACCACCAUCGCCGAAGCCAACCAUUAGUUUCAUUCUUUACAAUUAGAGCAACUGAAGAACCCCAACCCCCACUGUCGCGUGCAUCGACUCCCAACAGAUUAACCUCUGCAGUUUCCAACCAGCUCGCCUCCCUGGUUCACAUUCAAAUCAAGUCGUCUCAGUCACUCUUACUUCAGAUAAGUGAGAUUCUGCUCCUUCCUUUUGGGAGAUGAAGAGAAUGAUCGCCCUUGGCUUUGAAGGUUCAGCUAACAAAAUUGGUGUUGGUAUUGUGACCCUUGAUGGCGCCAUCUUGUCAAACCCACGCCAUACCUACAUUACCCCUCCAGGUCAUGGCUUCCUUCCUCGAGAGACAGCUCAACACCACCUCCAACACAUUCUUCCACUCAUCAAAUCUGCACUAAAAACUGCCCAGAUUACCCCUGAUGAAAUUGAUUGCCUCUGCUACACGAAAGGCCCUGGGAUGGGUGCUCCUCUUCAGGUUGCUGCUGUUGUCGUUCGAAUCCUUUCCCAGCUCUGGAAGAAGCCAAUUGUUGCUGUAAACCAUUGUGUUGCACACAUCGAGAUGGGGAGGGUUGUAACAGGGGCCAAUGAUCCUGUGGUAUUGUAUGUUAGUGGAGGCAAUACACAGGUCAUUGCUUAUAGUGAAGGACGUUAUCGUAUUUUUGGGGAGACCAUUGACAUUGCUGUUGGGAAUUGUCUGGAUAGAUUUGCUAGGGUUUUAACCCUGUCCAAUGAUCCAAGUCCAGGAUACAAUAUUGAGCAGCUUGCAAAGAAAGGAGUUAAUUUUGUAGAACUUCCUUAUGUCGUUAAAGGAAUGGAUGUUUCUUUUAGUGGGAUACUGAGCUACAUGGAAGCCACUGCACCUGAGAAACUGAAGAACAACGAGUGCACUCCUGCAGAUUUGUGCUACUCCUUGCAGGAAACAGUAUUUGCAAUGCUUGUGGAGAUAACUGAACGUGCCAUGGCACACUGUGACAAGAAAGAUGUUCUUAUUGUUGGAGGUGUGGGAUGCAAUGAGCGGUUGCAAGAGAUGAUGAGAACAAUGUGUUCUGAAAGGGGUGGGAAUCUGUUUGCAACUGAUGACAGGUACUGCAUUGACAAUGGGGCAAUGAUUGCAUACACCGGUCUCCUUGCCUAUGCGCAUGGUGAGAUGACCCCCCUAGAAGAAUCUACAUUCACUCAGAGGUUCCGAACUGAUGAUGUACAAGCAGUUUGGAGAGAGGAUAAGAAUUCUUCCAAUAUGAAUGGUAAAGAGGAAGGUGAAAUUCAGUGCCAGUAAGUCUUGAGGAGUACUCGUAAUAGGACACCAGAAUAUCAAUGCAAAUGGAAUCAGAUGCAAAAUAUGCAGCUGGCUAGUGAGCUCAGUUGAUUGGCCUUGUUUAUUGUUCCAUAUGGGUCAUUCUUAACCAUAUAUCAAUUAAAAUUCUCAGGUUGUGCAUCAAAGAAAACGAAUUUAGUACAUCAUGUAUAAUUUGCUUUGUUCUGUCAUUUGAUAAUUACUUUUAUCUAGAUAAUAUUUUUAGAAUUUAAGUUGAGCAAGUAUGUUUUAGUAGAAUCUUGCAAUAGAAAUGUAGUUGUAAUUGUAAAGCCGUAAAGGUGGGAUUCCAAAUCAGGCAUGGAACCUCCCAAACUGCUCGUGGCUGGGGUUAUAUAAUGGCAGCCUCUUCUUCCUUCUCUCCAUUAA